UGGCGUGAUAUUUCGUUAACUCUUCCACUAAUCUUUCUUUAUUCAAAAUCCGCCGCUUGGUACAUGUGUCGUAUCGCUCAUAUCAAUCACGUAAUAUAUUAACAUAAGCUUUUAGAAAACUUAUCGUCUCCUUGUACGAAUAAAAACAACUUCCUCUAUAAAUUUAUAGCUUCAAGAAACUUCGAAAAGCCGAGAAAUGAUCAGCGCGUUUAAGACAAUCCGAUCACUUCCUUCAACCAGUACCAGUCUCUCUUUCUUCUCACAACCGUCUCGAUUUAGCCGUAAAGUUACCGGAGUUAGUUUCGCCACCGCUUCUGACCAGCAAAAGAUGGAUAAAAAGCCUGAAAAUGCAAACGACAAAACUGGUGACGUGAUGUCGCAUUCGUUUGGAGAAGGGUACGCUACGAGGUCUGAUGAAGAAGGGUUCGGAGGAACCUAUGGAGGAAAUCAAACCUUUCAAAAGAAAAACGAGGUCCAUGAGAAUCACCCUGACUACGACAAAUCUCAAGGUAGUGAAUCGAAGGAGAAGGAAAAAUCUAGGAACCAGACAUAAUCUCACCGCUGAAGAAUAAUCUAGAUUUUAUUUUCUUAAUGUUCUAAUAAACCAGAUUCGUGCUCUGUUGACUCUGGCUCAAGUUCUUUCUUAUGGAGUUUCUCGAAUCUCGACCCAUGUAAUUUUUGCCUCUUUUUUUUUUGUUUUUUCACCCUUAUGACCUUAUGUAACAAACGUUGAAUUGAUUUCUAGUUUUUUUUGUUCCCCCCUGAGUGUACGAUGUGCUUACUGAUCGAACGGUCCGGAGUGAGAGGCCAGUUCCAUAUUACCUGUGGGCUCUAAAUGCUAAUGGAACUUGAGUUAUUGGAUCCAUAGAGAUUUCUUACUGAUCAGAGUUAAAAGUUGUACAGACGUAGCAUAGUUCUACAUUUGCUUUCUUAUCAUGAUCCUACGGGGUUUUCAUUUAUAGAAUAACUAAUAAUAGUGCAUAUGUAACUAUAUGUGUGAAUCUCAGACCCGUCACUGCUCUAUAGCUGGUGAAGCAUUAAUGUUAGGCCACAUAAUAUAAAACAAAAUUAUAGGCCACAUUUUGUAGUAUUUAAGAGGUUAAGUAGGUUCACUUCUAGGCUUCUUAUCAUUUAUAGGCCACAUUUAUUAGAUGCAUUUUAUAAUCAAUAUAACAAAAACACAAGUGUUUCUCCUUCUCCUGGUGAAGACACUUUUUUUAGAGGCAUCCCGAAAACGUUGGUGAAGACAUUUCAGCUUGCUAAGAUAUUUCAGCAUUUUAGAAUUUUUUUAGAAAAUGACACUUCAGCAAAGUGUUUCUCCUUCUCUUGGAAGACACUCUUUGGUGAAGAUAUU